AUGUCACAGAGUGAAUGGCAGCAGGUGCGCACUUAUACUGACCAUCUGGGCCACCGCGUGGUGCUCGAGCAGUACGUCACGCCAGACUACGAGCCAGAUACCAACGACAUAAUUCCCAUCCAGGUCUACAGCCUUGUGCCCCUGGAUGACGAUCAUAAAAAUCUCCGAAUUUACCUGAUGCAAAGCUUCUUUGAUGAGGAAGUCAAGCCUUUGUUCGAGAUAUAUUCAUACAGCCCGCCUGAUAACUUAGCCUGUAUUGAGCAUAACCGCAUCGAAAUCGCCCGUCGCAAGCAGCAACAUGGAUCAGAGAUCAAGGAUCCUCUCCCGCUGAUUCCACAAUUUGUUUGCCCUGACGACUACUCUAGCGUUGGGCUCUGCGUGUUGCUGCGAUCGCACAGCUAUCGACUGGGCUAUGUUGAGGACUCGGAUGCGUUUGCUGAGCUGGGCGAGGGCUCGGACUUGCUCUACUUCAACCGCUGCUUUUCUAGCACUUGUGUUAAUAUGACGCAGCCUGAAUCCGAGGACGACGAGAGUCCUUUACUAGAGGGGUUCGAACUCGCUAUUCAAUGUGUUACAGACCAGACUUAUAUAGACGAGGGUUCGUUUCCGUCCAGAUCGGAUCAGUCCUCAGAAGAGCAGAUUCACGACCAACUUGUCACGGAGACUUCAGUUGGCGGCUUCGAUCUUCAUCCAGACUUCUGGGUCUCUGAGGAAGCCAAUAUUGUUACAGUCAAAAACACCCCUGAAGGCAAAACACCCGAUAUUCAGUAUAUUAUUCAUGCAGCGUUUCUCAGCUUUAUCCGCGACACAGUAAGGCUUCCCCUCUUGCAAUGCACAGCGCGUCUGUUCACGGCGUCGAUAUCCUCCCACCUCCCGGCUGACAAAUCCCUCAAUCUUAAAUUCUUUAUCCCAGAUUCCCUUUCUUUCUCGGCUAUUCGCCCCGCACAAAAUGAGGUUCUCAAAAUUCUAUCAGAACAAACCGAAGAGGACCCAGAGAAUUCGUUUCUUGUCGGCGCCCUACAUAAAGUCUCCACUGGCGACGAUCAACUCCAAACAUGGAAACACGUUACUCCUCAAAUCCCCGAACAGCAAAUUAUUACAGGACAAGGGAGGUUCUGUGAACCUUUUCGCCUUUUCGCAGUUGUGCUCGAUCGCGCCAAUUUUGUCUCCGAAUCCGGAGUUUACUUCUAUAUGGCGUACCUGGAUGGGUCCGAAAAUCCAGGUCCUUCCAUGGAAGACGCUCCCGAUGAUACGCAGGUCGUACGGGGUGUUGACAUGAGUACGGUUGCAGGGCGGUUGGGAAUGCUUGUUCUUGAUGGGUAA